AUGGUAAGUGACUAUUCCUCUCUUAUUCUAGUUUUAUUUGCUCAGAUAAUUAUAAUGUGGUUGGAAUCAUAUGAUAAUGAUAUCCAGCCGGCCAAAAAGAUCGAAAACAGCUCAAGGUCCAAUAUAAUCAGUAACCUGCCAAGUAAUGUCAUAGACAAUAUUCUAAUUUGUCUGCCGAUUCAAGAAGCUGUGAGGACUAGUAUUUUGUCCGAGAAAUGGAGGUUUAAGUGGAUGUAUCUUUCCAAAUUGGUAUUUGAUAAUACGUUUUAUCAGACAUCAGUUUUACCUUCUACUGCACAACCUAACAUUACUAAACUUUUGUUUAAUAUCUAUAAAGUUCUAUUACUUCACCAUGGAUCCAUAUUGAAUUUUACUCUUCAUGUUCCGUUAUUGGAAAUGUAUCCCGAGAUUAACCAAUUGAUGCUUUACCUAAGCAAGAAAGACGUUCAGGAAAUUUUCUUCAAUAUUGGAGAAAAUAAACAUCAUAGAUUGCCGUCAUUUUUGUUCUCAUGUGUGACAUUGAGGCGCCUGACCUUGUCCUCAUGUACUUUCACAGUUCCAUUAGCAUUUCAAGGAUUUGUUAAGUUGAUUUCUCUUACGUUUCAGUCGGUUAAUUGUAUCAAUGUAUUUGAAACUUGUUGUACAAUAUUUAGAAUGAACAGAGUGUAUUUAAGCUCGAGGCGUGAUGUCACUGCCCUAAAAGUAUAUCGAAGUAUACUCCAGGAUACAACAGCUCUUCUACGUAAAUUGUAG